AUGUCAUCGAGCGGCGACACACCACAAAUCAACCCCUCGCGUCUUCAGCCAGGCCAAUUCCCAUUUCCAAUAGUCCUCCAACCGGUCUCAUCCCACAACCUCACAAUCAUUAUCCUCCAUGGCCGAGGCUUCAACGCCCAAAAGUUCCACGGUCCCCUCCUCUCCUCCAUCUCGACAGCACCCUCAACCACCCUCCGAGACUCCCUCCCCCACGCCCGCCUCGUCUUCCCUACAGCGCCACUCGCACGAGCGACAAAGUACCGUCGGUCUCUCAUCCAUCAGUGGUACGAGGGCACCGGCGAUUGGGAGCCUGAGGCGCGCGGCGAGAUGCGUCCCAGCGUGGAGCAUAUCCAUGGGAUGCUAAGAGAUGAGAUCGAGAAGCUGGGGGGUGACUCUCGAAAAGUCGCGUUAAUGGGGUUUAGUCAGGGCGGCGCCAUGACCUUGGUAAGUUCGUUGCUCUGGGACGGAGCCCCGUUGGGUGCUGUUGUGGUCAUGAGCGGCUUUAUGCCAUUGGCUGAUGCCAUGAUGGACAUAUUGGACGAGGACACCAAGUCUGAGGGAUCAGAAGAUGAUUUAUUCGAAAGAGACACCGAGGAAGAAGAAACGACGCCGAUACAGCGUGCCAUUGACGAGCUACGACAAGAAGCUGAACUUGAUCCUGCACCACCAGCAAAUUCUUACCCCUUCUUGUCUACCCCUGUAUUCAUGGGCCAUGGUCAAAAGGAUCAAGACGUGGAAUGCCAGCAUGGUCGACGAGCUGUAGAGCUUCUGGAGCGAAUGGGAGUACCUGUCGAGUUCAAUACCUACCAAGGUCUGGCUCAUUGGUACAACUCAGACAUGUUGCAGGAUAUAGUCCAGUUUCUCGAUAAGCACUUGGGACUGUAA